AUGUUGUUCCAGGAGGGUGGAGAAAUAGAGGGUGAGUUUGCUGUACUUGGCACUAAGAAAGUCCUUCAAUGUUUCUUAACAUGCCACAAUCCCAGUCCACUUUACCUACCGAAAGGCAAACCAUUUGAAACCUCAACCCAAGAUUUGCCCUCAUGGUUCUCUGAAAAUGAUGUUGAUUACUACACUUCCAUGUUUGAGAAGACAGGUUUCACCGGUGGAAUUAAUUAUUAUAGAGCACUAGAUCUGAAUUGGGAGUUGACUGCAGCCUGGACUGGAGCAAAGGUGAUGGUACCAGUGAAGUUCAUUGUGGGUGAUUUGGACAUUACUUACAAUGCCCCUGGCGCCAAGGAGUAUAUACACAAGGGUGGCCUAAAGAGAGAUGUGCCCUUGUUAGAGGAAGUGGUUGUGUUGGAAGGUGUUGGCCAUUUCAUCAAUGAAGAAAAGCCUCAUGAAAUCAACACUCACAUUUUGAAUUUCUUGCACAACUUCUCUUCUUCCUGA